AUGAGCAGGAUACUUCCCAGGCGCCUGCUGGCGCAAGCCCGUCCUUUACUCUUCCCCGAACGAGCACAGCUAUAUAGAUUGCCGGCACAAUCGAUCCGUCCUUUUUCAAACGCACCCAGCAGGAGAGCAGAGGACGAUAUCACCGCUCCUCCAUCUCAGCAACCGCAAAACCCAACUCCACCUCCAUCCUCAAAAACUGAAGAUGAUCUCCCAGCUGCGCGCUCGCCAUCCUUAAAUCCGAAAGCCGCGCCCAUGGGUAACCUCAUGGAGAGCUUCAGCAACAUGCUCGACCAAAACAAAGCCUCCCGCCCAGCGAGAGGCAAUUCUCUAUACAACACCACAUUCGCUUCUGAUGGCAGCUUUUUGAACCAGACCUCGGCCGAACCUCAUGUCGAACCACAUCAUUUCCAUAUCUAUUCUACGAGACACAACACACAUAUCACGCUCACGGAUCCGAAGCGGAACCCAAUAAUCUCCGUCUCGUGCGGGAAUAUAGGGUUCAGACACAGCGCGAGGAAGACAUAUGACGCUGCAUUUCAAUUGGCAAGUGUGGUGAUGACUCGGAUGCAGGAUCGGGGUAUCAAUGCACAGAUCAAGCAACUAGAAGUUGUGCUAAGGGGUUUUGGCCAGGGACGAGAGGCUGUUACAAAGGCAUUGCUAGGAAUGGAAGGGAAGAAUGUAAGGCACAAGAUUGUCAGGGUUGCAGAUGCCACCAGACUGAAGUUUGGCGGGACGAGGAGUAAGAAGCCAAGACGCUUAGGUUGA